GGAGAUCGGGGAGCGCGGCCGUGCCCUCUCGAGCGGCUGCGGGGUUCCCGCGGCGCCGGGCUGCUGAGCUGAGGGCCCGCGGCGGCCGCGGCCGGUGCACGUGCAGCUGCUGGAUGCGGAGGCGGCGGCGACGGCGCGGAUCGGCAGGAUGUUAGGGCAGCAGCAGCAGCAACUGUACUCGUCGGCCGCGCUCCUGACCGGGGAGCGGAGCCGGCUGCUCACCUGCUACGUGCAGGACUACCUUGAGUGCGUAGAGUCGCUGCCCCACGACAUGCAGAGGAACGUGUCUGUGCUUCGAGAGCUGGACAACAAAUAUCAAGAAACGUUAAAGGAAAUUGAUGAUGUCUAUGAAAAAUAUAAGAAAGAAGAUGAUUUAAACCAGAAGAAACGUCUACAGCAGCUUCUCCAGAGAGCACUAAUUAAUAGUCAAGAAUUGGGAGAUGAAAAAAUACAGAUUGUUACACAAAUGCUCGAAUUGGUGGAAAAUCGGGCAAGACAAAUGGAGUUACAUUCACAGUGUUUCCAAGAUCCUGCUGAAAGUGAACGAGCCCCAGAUAAAGCAAAGAUGGAUUCCAGCCAACCAGAAAGAUCUUCAAGAAGACCCCGCAGACAGCGGACCAGUGAAAGCCGUGAUUUAUGUCACAUGGCAAAUGGGAUUGAAGACUGUGAUGAUCAGCCACCUAAAGAAAAGAAAUCCAAGUCAGCAAAGAAAAAGAAACGCUCCAAGGCCAAGCAGGAAAGGGAAGCUUCACCUGUUGAGUUUGCAAUAGAUCCUAAUGAACCUACAUACUGUUUAUGCAACCAAGUGUCUUACGGGGAGAUGAUAGGAUGUGACAAUGAACAGUGUCCAAUUGAAUGGUUUCACUUUUCAUGUGUUUCACUUACCUAUAAACCAAAGGGGAAAUGGUAUUGCCCAAAGUGCAGGGGAGAUAAUGAGAAAACAAUGGACAAAAGUACUGAAAAGACAAAAAAGGAUAGAAGAUCGAGGUAGUAAAGGCCAUCCACAUUUUAAAGGGUUAUUUGUCUUUUAUAUAAUUCGUUUACUUUCAGAAAAUGUUUUAGGGUAAAUGCAUAAGACUAUGCAAUAAUUUUUAAUCAUUAGUAUUAAUGGUGUAUUAAAAGUUGUUGUACUUUGUCUGUGA